AUGAAGAUUCUCACCCAAUUUGUAAGCUUGCUUAAAGAUUUUGUUGAGUCUGAAUUUUUUCUAAUUGAUGGAGAUUCUUUAUUUCUCACUUGCAUUUCCAACGUGAACUUAAAGAGAGGACAAACUCUUCACUUCUUCUAUCUUGUGGAGCAAUUUCUGCAUGAUUUCCUUCAAAAGGAAGCCAGAUUUGUAAUUGUUUUUUUCAAGGAUGUAGAAAAUAUGUACUUCAACUAUCCUGACCUUUUGGCUCUUCGUACCACAUUGAUUCAACAUUUAAAACACAAUACUGGUGUUACUGUCCAUACCGAAUUUUCCAACUGCUUUUCUCCAGAAUGGGAGAUAUUUCUUAAAGAAUGUUAUCCUUAUUUCCUGAUUGUCAGUGAAAAGGGGAUAAUACCUCACCACACAGACUUUUUAAAUAUUUUUAUCAUUCAUGCUCUUCAAAAGAAAAUCAAUAUUGUGCUAUCUGGGGGACAAGAGACUGAUGUCCUUAGAAUUUAUGGAUACUAUGCCCCAAGCCUCUAUUCACACAAAGAGUUUUUUCAAAAGCAUGAAAAUAAACUGCAACAUAUAUUACAUGACUACUUAAGAAAUUAUUUCCACAAGUUACAGAAGAAAGAAAUUUUACUAUAUGGUCAUAUGAGGCUAGACUUGGAAGACAUGCAGAAAGAGCUAAAGAGAUGUGAAUUUUUCACCCUAAAACAAUUAGAAGUUAACAAUUGGAAAUUGAAUUUCACUGGUCUGCCUGAUUUAAGUGAUAUGAUUUUAUGGAGAAAUAUUGCCUAUUAUUAUGAAAAUGAAUAUAUUACAGUAUCAAACCAAGAAAUUCAUAAGUCAGGACUCAUUCCUCUGAAAUCUGAUAUUAUAGAAGAUUAUGCUGGAGAUAUUCUUGCAGAACUACCUUUCCUGAGCAGUAAUGAUCCAAUUGUUAUAUCUCUUAAGAAGCGAGAAUUUGAUGAACUCACACAUUGGCAUUCUUCUAGACCUCUCAGUGGUGAUUUUGAAAGAGCUCGAUGCACCAGUGAUGUUAAAGCUAAUGAUGCCAAAGCAAGGAGAAAUAUACAGAAAUUACAUUAUUUUUAUCGUGUCCUUGGAAAAUCUUUGGUAGGAAGUAACAGAUCAAUAAUAGUUGUGAGAGAAAUGCCUUUGAAAUCUCCAGCAAACUCUUCUGCACAAAAGAAAGGAAAAUGCCAGAAGAAUAAGACAGAAAAAAUUAUUGAAGAAAAUAAAAAGAGACAACAAGAUAAACUGGAAAGAAGAGAAGAAGAAAGAUGGAAUAAUUUGUCCCUAUGCAUUGAAAAGGAAAUCAAAGAGAAUCCUAAUUCUGGAAUGAAAAGAUUAGAAGAUUUUCUUGAAACAUGUCCUGUUAAAUCUGUGAAAUUAACUGUUGAAAUGGAAGGAUUGGAGGCUUGUUUCAAAUCAUGGAUGAAAUACUGUCUCAAGCCAGAAGUGAAAUCUAAAGACCUAAGCAUAAUCAUUCUGAUGAUGAAAAGGAUUCACAUAAUCCACGACAAAUAUACAGAAUUAUUACAAAAUAUACAUCGACAAAAGUUAGCAAAAUAUUUAAAAUAUAUUGGGUUUGACAACUUGGCACACUUGUUAUGUCCCCAGGAGUCAAGGACUGACAAGGAUAUCUCUAAAUAUUCAGUUAACAUGGGAGCAGCUCGAUUUCAGUUAAUGCACAUGGGCCCUUACUUAUUUCGAGAGGAAAGAAGUGAUCCUGAUCCCAGGGUGCAGCACUUCAUACCAGACACAUGGCAGAGGGAACUUCUUGAUGUUGUUGAUAAUAAUGAAUCUGCUGUGAUUGUUGCUCCAACUUCAUCUGGCAAAACCUAUGCUUCUUAUUACUGCAUGGAGAAGAUAUUACGAGAGAGCGAUGAAGGGGUUGUUGUGUACGUUGCUCCAACAAAGGCUCUUGUUAAUCAAGUUGUGGGGACUAUCUGCAGUUUAUUUAACAAAUCACUGCCAAAUGGAGUAGUGCUAUGUGGAGUUUUUACAAGAGAUUAUCGUCAUGACGCCUUGAAUUGUCAGAUAUUGGUAACAGUACCUCAGUGUUUAGAAAUACUCUUAUUAUCGCCUCAUAGACAAAAUUGGGUGAAGAGAAUUAGAUAUGUCAUAUUUGAUGAGGUUCACUGUCUUGGGGGAGAAAUUGGAGCAGAGGUUUGGGAACAUCUUCUUGUUAUGAUCCGAUGCCCCUUUUUGGCACUUUCUGCUACUAUCAGUAAUCCUGAAGACCUUACUGAAUGGUUGAAACAAAUUAAAAGAUACUGGCAAGAUGUAGAGAGUGCAAUGGAAAAUUCAAAUUCUUCAUCAAAUGCCUCAAAAGUUUUAAAGAAACAAAAAGACAAAAGCAUACAAAAGUCAUCUUAUUGUGUUAGAUUGGUAUUAUACAAAGAACGAUACAAUGAUCUAGAAAAGUAUGUGUGUUCCAUAAAGGAUAAUGACUUUGUUAUUGAACAUUACCACCCUUGUGGGGCACUUACAGUCAGUCAUAUAAAGAAAUAUGGAAUACCAUCAGACCUUGGAUUUUCUCCUCGGGAAAGCAUACUGCUAUAUGAUGCUAUGGUACAUGUUUGGCCAGAAUGGUCAAGAAUGAAGGAGUUAGAACCUGAGGAAUUCAGUUUGUUCAAAAAUAAAAUAGUUAUCAAGAAGGCAGAUACAAAAAUAUAUGAAGAGGAACUGAAAAAGGAAUUAAUUCAAUGGAUUCAGCUGGACCCAGAUAAGCUGUCUGUCUCCCACCCAGGAUUUUCACUCAGCAGUUCCUGCCCAGUGACACCUACCCAGGUGUCCUCGUGCAGUGGCCUCUACCCAAGCAGGGUCCUGGGUCCAAUGGGAUCUGAGAAGUCAAAGUCAAAUUCCCACCACCCCACUUGCCUCUGCCUGGUCUGCAGUGUCCACAAAAGUUCAGACACAUUCCCACUGGCCUGCUCGCUCCUGGGCAGUAGGUAUGGCCCAAGAGAGCUCAUCCUUGGGUCCUCUCCCAGGUCAUCAGUGGUGACCAGAAAAAUCCAGUCAGGAUCCUGCUGGCCUUUCUCCUGCCACAGCAGCUCCUCUCCCACAGCAGCUCAGCUGGUGGCUUCAGGUGCUAGAGUUCAAAGGCUUAUUUUAGAGGUGGCUGAAAUGCAAGAGCUAAAGAAACAUCUUAAGAAACUUACACAAGUUCCUUCAGAUUGCACAUAUACUGAUCGUGCACGUGUGGAUUAUAAGACUUUCAGGAAGAUCUUAUAUAGAAUUAGAGACACAAGACAAUGCUAUAAGCUGCGUAACCUGCUAUGGCGGGGCAUUGGAUAUCAUCAUGGCUCGAUGGAACACAAGCAAAGACAGGUUGUAGAGAUGCUUUUCAGAGUGGGACAUGCUAAGGUGGUAACAGCUACCUCAACUCUUGCUUUGGGAAUUAAUAUGCCAUGUAAAUCUGUUGUUUUUACAGAAGAUUCUGUUUAUUUGGAUGCAUUGCACUUUCGACAGAUGUCUGGUCGUGCAGGAAGACGUGGAGAAGAUCCUGUAGGAAAUGUGUUCUUCUAUGAUAUUCCGUUACCAAAGAUAGAAAGGCUUUUAAAGUCUAAUGUGCCCAAACUGAAGGGUCAGUUUCCUCUGAGUAUAUCAUUGGUUCUCAGGCUUAUGUUAUUAGUUUCCAAAGCAGAUGACAAAGAAGAUGCAAAAGCAAAGGCAUUGUCAGUGCUAAAACAUUCACUAAUGUCCUUCAAUCAACCAAGAAUCAUGUGCAUGUUAAAAUUUUUCUUUAUAUAUUCUUUGCAGUUCUUAGUCAGAGAGGGAUACCUGGAUCAAGAAUGUAAUCCCAUAGGAUAUACUGGACUUGUGACUCAUUUGCACUACCAUGAACCUGCCAAUUUUGUUUUAGUAAGCUUCCUGGUUAAAGGCUUAUUUCACAAAUUGUGCAUUCCAAUGAAAAGAAAAGGCCCAAAGAAAUUUUCUGAGGAAGUGAUGGAAACGUUAGUGGUAGUGUUAGCACAUCUUUUUGGCAGAAGAUACUUGCCUCCCUGUGUGAAAAAAUUUGAGAAAGCAUUUUCACAUUCAGUGGUAAUUCUAAAAGAUCUUCCCAAAGACUUUGCCACAGUAAUCGAGGAACACAACAAUAGGGUUCACAGGAACUUUGGUUCUUUCCUUUUAACAAUUUCUAAGUUGGCAGACAUGAGAAAAGAAUACCAACUACCUCUCUCAGAAAUUGACUUUUCAGAUAAGAAGUGUGAAGAAUCUCAACUUGUCACUCAUUUGAUGCCUGGACUGGAAAGUAGAACUGCUGUAUCUCCAUUUGCUUGCCUGUCUAAUAUCACUGAUCAAGAUUUAUUUGACAUUAAUGUGGUAGAUGAUGCUAUGUUACGAACAAUUAGUGUGAAUGUGAAAGAUAUUCCUUUCCUUCAGUUGAAUAAAUAUGAUAAAAAUGGACGAAAAUGUCCAUUGAACGGCUAUGCAUUAAACUUCUACAAACAUGGUUCCUUGUCACUACUGACUUUGGACAACUGGUUAAAUAUGGGAGAUGCUUUUAAUUUAAUCAGGGAUUUUUUCCUUGUUAUCCAGUCAAUCAGGAUUUCACUACGUGAAUUAUGUGAUAAUGAAAAUGACAAUGUUGUGUUGGCAUUUAAACAACUAAGUGAAGAAUUUCGGAAAAAGUUUUAUAAAAAUGGAAAAUAUUGA